UAACUCUAACACUGUGGACUUGAAUCGCUGCGAGUUAUUGAAACGAUGUAAAGUAUUCUCUCUCAGUGAUAAACGCAAAGUUACACAAGCUAUGAAUAAAGUACAACUAUUACCAGGUUGCAGUUACACCAUAGAGUUGAACUGCAAAGUCCGAUACUUUAAUCGUUACCGAACACCGAUAGCAUUUGAGUUCAAGAAUCAAGCAGAUGGUCUAACAUUCCACAUUGUGCGUUUCCUGUCUGUGACUGUUAGCAGUGACAUAACAGCCAUGAUUGUACCAGAGACGCCGUAUACUAAACCACCAAUCAUAUCAAAGUAUCAGCCAAGGGGAGCUGUCGAAGAGGGUGUACGUCCUCUAUUUUCUAAUCAAGACGGGUUAUCAGCAAAAUUACCGUUACCAGAUUAUAAAGUGCCAAAUGAGUUACGUAGUCUACUCAACAAAGGCAAAGUUAAUGAGAUAUCGUAA